ACCGGGAACCAGAGGGAACUCGGGACUGGCCGGAGCCCGGAAGUGCGGACCCAACACUGUGGCGGUUCCGGAAGCUCAAGUUUAAGCAUGGCUGUGGGAGGAAAGGAACGCAAGAGAAAGAAGGGCCGGGAGCAGGGACAGACCCCUGAAGACGGCGUGGAGGAUGCGGCCGCCGACUACCUGGUGGGACAGGUCGCCGACAGCCUGCGGGGUGCCCAGCACCCUCCUGGAGGCGGGACGGGACGGCUGGCCGCUCUCUUCUGCACGGCGGAGUCCCGGGCUCCGCCAGUGUUUGUGCCUGUGCCCCGGGAAACACCAAAAAAAAGAAAACCCGAUGCUGAAGAAGAAAGUACACCUCAUAUUAAAAAGCCAGUUUCACAAGAACGUGCCAAAAAAGUGAAAGUGAAGAAACUCUCUGAUGCAGACAAGAGGCUGGCAAACAGGGAAAGUGCGCUGGCAAGUGCUGACUUAGAAGAGGAGCUUCACCAGGGGCAAGGGCAGAAAAGGAGACGGCCUCAGGGGAAAGAGGCAGGUGGAGGAGCGCCUGGUGUUGCCCUCAGCCUUGACGGGGGCCAGAGAACGAAAAUCCCGCUCAACCCGGAAGAAGAGCGGUUAAAGAACGAGAGGACUGUGUUUGUUGGCAAUUUGCCUGUCACGUGUAAUAAGAAGAAGCUGAAGUCAUUUUUUAAAGAGUAUGGACAAGUAGAAUCCGUGCGAUUUCGUUCAGUGAUGCCAGCAGAAGGAACACUGUCCAAAAAGUUGGCCACAAUAAAACGUAAAUUUCAUCCUGACCAGAAGAGCAUCAAUGCAUACGUCGUGUUUAAGGAGGAGAGUGCGGCUGCACGUGCACUGCAGAGAAAUGGAGCCCAGAUUGCAGAGGGAUUCCGUAUUCGAGUUGAUCUCGCAUCUGAAACUUCCUCUAGGGACAAGAGAUCAGUAUUCGUGGGUAAUCUGCCUUACAAAGCUGAAGAGUCUGCGUUGGAGGAACACUUUCUGGACUGUGGAAGCAUCGUAGCAGUGAGGAUCGUGAGGAACCCACUCACGGGUGUCGGCCGAGGCUUUGGCUAUGUGCUCUUUGAGAACACAGAUGCUGUUCAUCUUGCUUUGAAGUUAAAUAAUUCUGAGCUAAUGGGAAGAAAGCUGAGAGUCAUGCGUUCUGUUAAUAAAGAAAAACUAAAACAACAGAAUUCAAAUCCAAGCUUGAAGGAUGUCAGUAAACCUAAGCAAAGACUUAAUUUUACUUCCAAAGAUGCAGGACAUUCCAAGAAUGCAUUUAUUGGAGAAAAGGCUGUUCUCAUGAAAAAGAAGAAGAAAGGACAAAAGAAAAAAGUGCAAACAAAGAAACCAAAAAAGCAGCAGUAAUGACAGAAGCUGCCUCUUCCUUUCUGUGGUGAAGCAGCAGUAAUGACAGAAGCUGCUUCUUCCUUUCUGUGGUGAGGGGUGUUUGGCAAUGAGGGUCUCGGUUUUUUAUGGAAUAUGUGAAAACUGUGGAGGCUUCCACAGUGCUUUUUAUUCAUGUUAUAUGUCAGGCUUCUUUGAAGCUUAGUUCUUAGAAGUGGAUGAAAGAGAAAUAAUAAACAUUAAUACUGGUUGUGCUUAGACCAGAUAUUCAAAUGGUUACUGUGGGAAUACUGACUCUAGGUGUGGAAUCUCAUUGUGCCUGAGAAAGGGAGCUGCUGGUGAUACACACCCGUGCUUCACCUCUCAUCUCUGUGGAGAGCCCCAUCUCUGCCUUAUUCCAUCCGUCAAAUACUUGCUAACUAGUAAGAACACUAAGAGAAGUGUGACUGACUCCUAAUACAUAGCCAGCAACUACAGUGGUCAUUGAUGUCCCUGACAGGUUGCCCAUGAGGCUGGUUUCAUUUGAAGACUACUCUUCCAGGAAAAUGUCAUCCUUAAAUUAGUGUCGCUCAGAAUGAAGCAGCUGCCUCAGAAAGCGUGAAGACAUUUCCUACUGAAUUGUGAUAAUUAAAUUGAAAACUUUAGAUUUGAAUGACAGGACAGCGUACUGCUGUGUUCUGUAGGGGGUUGGCCUGGUUACAGUGACUGGCUCUGAUUUUACCAAGCUGGGGCUGGUUCCAGGAUGAAGUAAGGGGAGGGGGAGUAAGCCAAGGGCUGAUCUAGUUAGGCAGAGUCUAGUAAUACACAUCCUGUCACGUUGAUAGGCAGGAGGAUAGGAUGAGUUUUACGAAUUUAGUUUUGAAAAAUCUGUCUUUGGGAACUAGCAUGUAGAAAACCUAAUGCAUGUUUAAGACAUAGGCUGGAGAGGUGGCUUCUCGGUUAAGAACAUGCACUGCUCUUCCAGGAAGACUGGGGUUCAAUUCCCAGCACCCAUGUCAGGCAGUUCACAACUGACUACCUGGAGCUCCUGGGUCCAACUCCUCUGGCCUCCUCAGGCUCCUGCACUCAUGAACAUACCUACACAGAGGCAUAAACAUAUAAUUAAAAAUAAAAGUGUAGCUUUUAGAACAGAGAAAGUUCUGUUUCCUGUGUCCAAGACUGAAUAUUUCAUGGUUAGUUUCCCUUACGGUAUUUGGAACCUUGCUUUUCAGGUUCCAAACCUUAAAUCUCAGUAAUUUUAUCUGAUCAUUGUUGAGCAUUUUUGCAUAAGUUAUAUAACAAUGGAACAUUAGAUUUUGUGUGCAUACUGUAACUCAUGUGAGUGAGCAGCUUAACUAAAGCAUAGCAGAUUAUAUGUGGACAUUAUUACUGUGUGUAUAACGUGAAUGGAGGCGCAUGGGUGCCGUCGUGCACAUGUGGCUGUCCUUCCGAAGCGCACAGCCUUUUCCCUGCACCCAGAUGUUUUGGAAUUUGUUACUGUGUAACUGUUGAAUCUACUUUCAUAAAUAGAAUGUGUGCUACUAUGGUUGCUUAAAACAUUAAAAAAUGUAUUUUGUAGAAAA